GGAUUACAACCUCUAUGGAAUCUCCCACUUCAGACUCACCAUUUUGGAAUAGUUCCAGUUUGACUUUGCUUGCUCUAUCACCCAAUGUUCACUGCUCAAAGCUGACUGAAGAUUUUGACUUUGUUUUUGUACUUGUACCCACAAUCUAUGUCAUCAUUUUUGUUAUUGGGACUAUUGGAAACUCAAUAAUAAUAGUAGGAUUAACAUGCUGUGUUCAAAAAAAGACAGUGGCCAAUAUUUACAUUGUAAAUCUAGCAAUUGCAGACCUGUCUUUUGUGGCCACUUUGCCACUUUGGGCUGUAAAUAUGUUGGAAAAAUACAAGUGGAUCUUUGGGGCUUUCAUGUGUAAAUUGUGUGCCGUUAUCAUGUCGUUAAAUAUGUAUGCCAGCAUUUUUCUUCUGACUUGCCUUAGCAUAGAUCGUUACUUUGGCAUUGUUCAUCCAAUGAAAUCUCUUAAUCAAAGGACUCGAACCAAAGCAAAAAUAGCAACAGCUAUUGUAUGGUGCAUGGCUGGUGCUGUAAGCUUGCCUACCAUGUAUUUCCGUCAGACUUAUUACUCAAACACACACCAGCACACAGUCUGUUCCAUGAAGUACCCAAAGAACAGUAUUUUUUGGAUGACUUUUGUGGAGCUGACAAAAACUAUUGUAGGUUUUGUAAUACCUUUUAUUUUCCAAGGAAUAUGUUAUGGGUUAAUAUAUAAAAACAUUUUAACUUCACCGAAAAAAAAAUUGAGGAAGCAAAAGAGUGAUAAGGUCUUAAAAAUAGUGGUGACGAUGGCAUGUGCUUUCAUAAUAUGUUGGCUGCCAUUUCAGACUGCAAAUUUCUUGAAGGUUUUAGCGAAGCUGAAAAUUAUCACAUCAUGCAAAAUCAUUAGGCUUAUUCAUGCUACAAUACCAAUCACUGUCUGCAUUGCAUUUUCCAACAGUUGUGUAAAUCCCAUUCUAUACUAUUUUGCCAGCAAAAGGUUCCGGAAUCAACUGACAAAAUCUUUAAGAAGAUCACUGUAUAGGAGCUAUGAGAAUGCAACUCAGAGACAGAAAUCAGGGAGGAUGGAAACACAUGGAAGUGUUUAUUUUAUGGAUGAACUUAUGAAAAAAUAAAACCUAUAGUAAAAACUUAUAGUAA